CUCCCUCCCUUUUUUGUCUCGAUUAAAUAUUCCUCCAAUGCAUAUUGAUAUUCUUUUUCUCUUUUUUUUUACCUUCUUUAUUCUUUUUUUAACUCAUGAAACAAUUCUUGAACCAUUUAUCACUAACGACAUUUUCACAAAAUACUUGUGAACCUCAUCAUGAUCCUUCUUCUUUUUACAUUAGUCUCUUUUUAUGUAUUGGUUUAGUAGUAUCUUAUCUUCCACAGCAUUAUCGUAUCAUUGUCAAUAAAACAAGUGAAGGUUUUAGUGCUUGGUUUUUACUUCUUGGUGUUGUAUCUUCUACUUCUAGUUUAUUCAAUAUUGUUUUAUUACAAUGGAAAGCUAUUGUUUGUUGUCAUUCUUUGUCAACAGGUGCUUGCUUUGAAGGAUUAAUGGGUGUUUUCCAAAUUGGAUUACAAUGGGCCAUGUUUUCUCUAGUAUUCAUCUUGUUUUUGUUAUAUUUUCCCGAAAAUCGAAAACGUCAAGUUCAUCGUCCAAAUAGCUUACAUUUAGAUUUACCAUCUACUCUUACAGAUCCUAUAUCAGAAGAAUGGAAAGUAUCUCUGGUGAUAGCUGCUCUUUGUCUUGGUCAUCUUGCUCUGUCGUUUGUGAUAUCUGUGAUGUUAUUGAUCUUUGUUGGUGGACCUGAGGAUCAUCAUUUGACAAAUUUAUGGGCUGGCUUUUUAGGUGUAUUUAGUAUGAUCUUGGCUGCUAUGCAAUAUUUUCCUCAAAUUUGGAAAACUUGGAAACGAAAAUCUGUUGGUGCUCUUAGUAUUCCUAUGAUGUUACUUCAAACACCAGGUAAAAAAAAAAAAGGGAAAAAAAAGACUGGAAACUCAUCUGUUUCUGUGAUAGGGACGGCUUUGUUUGUAUACUCCUUGAUGGUUAGACCUGGCACCAAUUGGACAGCUUGGAUUACAUAUAUGGUGACAGGCAUCUUACAAGGAACUUUAUUGACAUUGUGUAUCAUAUGGCAUUUCAAGAAUAAACGGAUGGGUGUCAGUGAUUUGGAUGGAUUACCCGAACAAGUACAUACCGAUGAAAGAACUCGACUAUUAGAUGAUGUUAACUAAUUUAAUAGUUAAUCUUUUAUUUUUAUUUUUAUUUAUAUUGUAUUUUACAUUAUGAUACUCUUUUGUUUUUAUUUUCAAAUCGAAAUAAAUUAUUGUAUAUGAC